UGUGGGCAUAUUUUUCUCGAUGCGUGUGUCUUGUGCGAAUUUUACUUUAUUUUUGGGCCUAAAUAGUUUUCGCCUAAUGAGUGCGUUUGACUUAGUUUUGAGUGAGUUUCUAACAAUCCGAAUGGUAUAAAUAACCAGGUUCUGGCUGCCAGCGUCGUUAGUUGAAUUAAAGCCAGUGGUGUGCGAACAGUUUCAAGUCGAGUUAGCCUUAAAUCCUAAAUAGACCAGCAACAUGAAGUUCACUCUACUCCUGCUCAUCGCCAGCUUGGCCUGCAUCCUGGCCGCACCUGCUCCCGCCGCCGAGGAGCAGCAGGAGUCCUCUGUGAAGGCAAAGCGAGGCUUGUCUUUGGGCCUCGGCUACCACGCCCCUCUGGUCACCCACUCGCACUACAUCGCCGCCCCCACGGUGGUGCACCAUGCCCCAAUCAUAUCGCAUGCCCCACUCAUAUCGCAUGCCCCACUCAUCUCCCACGCCCCGCUGAUUGCCCACCACCCAGUGUCUUCGCUCUCCUACCAUCUGCCCACCUACCACUCCAUCCACCACUUCUAAUCAGGCGCGCACGUGAGGCGGAGGAUCAAUUAGACACCAUUGUAGUGCAACAGCAUUCCCGAAACCCGAAACAUUCGCACGUGCAUCCGAUUUGCUGCCCAAAAAAUCCCCUAUUGCUUUGUAAAUAAACGUUGAAGUCAAUCCGUGUCUUAAUUCCAUUUAAAAUGUUUUCAAUUUAGCUCUAAAACCACUUUCCCAACUCAACACAUUUCACCAAAACUUCCUGCUUCGUCAGUAGGCUUCGAGAAAAAACGCAGUUUAUUGAUUUGUAGAUUGAAAUUGUGUUUUCAAACGUUGCAAGUUGUUUUUGGAUUGAAACCAAUCAGAAAUGCAAGUUGUGGCAAGUGCCGCAAGUGGACCCCUAGACCCCCAGCUUGGGGCAGAAGUAAUCCCCUGUAGUUAAACACUUCUAGUUACGCACCACCAGCGAAAUUAUAGACAUUAGACUGCCACAUUAUGGCCAGGAUUGUGCAGAACUGCAGUUGGUUGCGCUCUAGAACGGCACUAAGUGCUGCCAUUUUGCAGGCAACAGCUCUGGGAUCCAAUUAAAAGGGGUUCAAAGGAAGGCAUUGUGGGUCACUAAGCGCAUUCCAUCAUCACAUUCACCAUGCAACACUUUCUUUUUCCUUUUGCCGCAGCACUUAAUCUGGCUUUUAGAAUUCCAUACCUGAAACGUCCGCAAAUGCCCCGUAUUACUUGAGUUUACAUUCAAUCAAUUCCCAGCACAAGGAAUGCAAAUAAGCAAACACAUUUCAAUAAAGUGGCCGCUCAAUAAGGAAUACAAAAGCUGAAUAUUUUUUUCAAUUAUGUCCUGUGCCCGCAAUGAAAAAUGUCAGCGGAAGUGGCCGAACUUUCCGAAUGACACAAUCCAUUAACGCAGACACUACACUGCACAAAAAGGUUGCAAUAACUAGAUUUACUGCUACGAAAAUGGGGUAAGUAACGGAUUGAGUAAUAAAAAAUAAAAUAACUAAUAAAGUAAAUGGCAACUUUCGCACAAUCAAA